UCUCAAAAUGAAUAAAAUUCUUAUUUUCUUUUUCCUUUUAACAAUCGUUUCCCUAGCUGCAUCUCACCGCCACAAACAUGGAAAAGUGAAGAAGAUCGUGAAGGUUAUGACAGUUGGUGGAAAACCAAUGAAUGACUUUGGAGGAAGUAGAAGAGGAGGAUUCAGAAGACGAGGUGGAGAUACACAUGUUCAUCAUCACCACCACCAUCAUCAGCCGAAAGCUUCAUCUUCCUCUUCAUCGUCAUCAUCGGAAUCUCGUGAAGAGCCAAUUGUUGGAGCAGAAAAACCGGUGCAUACUACAUUAUCGGCUCCUCUACCAACUCCGAAGCCACUUCCGCCAGCUUGUGAAAAGGAAUGGCUGUCGUUUAAGAGAAAGAGUGAGCUUUGGUGUGUAUUGGUCGGAAAUCAAGGAGCUGACAACCAUGCCUUCUCACAAGCCGAAGCCGAAAAAAUCUGCAAAAAACACGGAGCAACACUUACAGGAGUGAUAAGCUCAGAGGAGAGAGAUAAGAUUGCCGAUGAGGCUCUUCAUCAGCUCGGCGAGAUGAAAAUGGAAGUUGGAGCAGUUUGGUUGGGAGCAACAACUACCCCAGAUUGUACUGUGAAGAGUUGUGGGGAAGAGGACACUUUCAAAUGGACAGAUGGACACACUACCGGAGUCGCUGGGUUCAAAUGGGGAGAACAUGAGCCAGAUAAUCAAGAUUAUGGAAGUGACAAAGCAUGCAUUCAACAGAUCGUGAUGAGCCCAACGUAUGCUAAAGACUCUACAAAUCACAAGUUCGCCGAGUUUUUCGAACAUGGAGAUUUCGACAAACACAGUUGCAAAGGUGGAGAGAGCCCGAAAACGAGACUGUAUGCGUGUGGAAAGAAGGCUGUUUAGAGCUUUCCAGUAUUUUUUUCACUAAAAUAAAUAUGUUUUAACGAGAAAA